CGGAGUACGAGAGAGGAGAAGCGGGAGGAGACACCCGCCCCACCGAAUCGGUCUCUCUCUCUCUCUCUCUCUCUCUCUCUCUCUCUCUCUCUCUCUCUCUCUCUCUCUCUGCCUCCCGUGUAGAUCUCCAGCUUAGGAACAAUGGGGCUCACCUUCACGAAGUUGUUCAGCCGCCUCUUCGCUAAGAAGGAGAUGAGGAUCUUGAUGGUGGGUCUUGACGCUGCUGGUAAGACGACCAUCCUCUACAAGCUCAAGCUCGGAGAAAUCGUCACCACGAUUCCCACUAUCGGGUUCAAUGUGGAGACUGUGGAGUACAAAAACAUUAGCUUCACCGUUUGGGAUGUUGGUGGUCAGGACAAGAUCAGACCCCUUUGGAGGCAUUACUUCCAGAACACACAGGGCCUUAUUUUUGUUGUUGACAGCAACGACAGAGAUCGUGUUGUUGAGGCAAGGGAUGAACUCCACAGGAUGCUUAACGAGGACGAAUUGCGGGAUGCUGUUUUACUUGUUUUUGCAAACAAACAAGAUCUUCCAAAUGCAAUGAAUGCUGCUGAGAUCACCGACAAGCUUGGUCUGCAUUCCCUGCGCCUACGACACUGGUACAUCCAGAGCACCUGCGCUACAUCUGGUGAGGGUUUGUACGAGGGGCUUGAUUGGUUAUCCAGCAACAUUGCCAGCUUAAAUUGGCAGGAGGUGCCUCUUGUCGAGAUAUUCUCCCUUUAUAUCAGUGCUGGAACAUGAGAACCAUCAGAACUUUCAGAGUAAUUAUGUGUAUUAUUUCACAUCAGCUUCUUGAAUUUUAGUACCAUAGAUUUUGCACGUUUGAAAAUAUAGAUUUCUAGGCUACAUUGUGUUUUCUAAAUCCACUUUUUAUCGCUCAUUGAUAUCAUCUCAAUAGUUACCAAGCCUGCUUUUCUCUA